AUGACGAAUCACGGUCUUGAAACCAUGGCUAGGAGUGAUGUUGCUGGUGAGGACCCAGCGUCGCACCUGACGGUGCUGGAAAAUGCAUUGCAACACUCUGUUAUUUCAGAAGAACGAACCCUGUCCACCUUUGAGCGAGUGAUAACAACAAAUGCACCCAUAUUCGAGUCUCUGUUACUUCAGAUCCCGACCGAUACCAUCAUAAAGCUGUAUCACACUUCAAAUUACCUCCGUACGUUCCUUCGAUCAUAUCCGACCGCAUGGAAGUCACUCUCGUUUCGCCUACAAUUUCCUUCAAGCACUCUGCCAAAUCCUCAAAUCAAUGACCCAAGCGGCCCUGAAACAGCCCCCGCGCGUCAAUCCCGACCGUAUGCCCUAGACAUGUUCCUGAUGAAUGUGGUGAUGCCAUUCAGUAGGUGUUUGAAAAGCCUAGAACUGGAUAACACGGCCAUUUCGGGAGAGAACCUGACCUCGACCGUGCUGCAUUCACGUCGGGAGACGCUGGUACAUCUCUCUAUUCGAGGCUGCAAGAAUGUCUCUUUAAAAUAUCACAUCGUUCCUUUCUUGACCAUGUUCGCGCUGCAAUGUGACAUUGACAUGGAGAAUAAUACCGGCAGCUCUCCCGGAAUGCAACGACUUGCUCUCAAGAGUAUCUACGCCUACCGAUGUCGUCAUCACCGAAGACGCCCUUAUUUAUCAUCUUCACUGAUGCGGAAAGACGCUGACGCGGAGUCGACCCAUGAACUUGUCAAUAUCUGCCACAAGCUAGGCAUCUGGACUGAUACCGCUUGGUGCACCACACCUGCGGGUAGAUGUGCUCGCAGAGCCGGUUAUGUCAAAUCGAGGUUCCCGCAUGGAGCAGGGUCGCCGGAAGUUUGGGUAGUCUUUGAUCGACUCUGGAGAUCUAAAAAUUGGAUCGGCCCAACUGAGUCUGAGACCCCUCAGCCACACGUAUACGAUGGAAAGCUGUGGGAGAAUCGGGACACUGGAUUCUAUGGCGAGGCAUUAGGAACUGGCGAGGGUAUCGACUGGGGUGAAGGCAAGAUGACACCUGCCCACCUGCGCCGGAGUCAUACCCAAUUUGUCGACAAGAUCCGCUGUGACAACUGCCUCGAGGAUAUCUCAGAGCGAUGUGAACAUUGCAGCGUCCUAAUGCACUGUGUCGGGUGCCGCAAAACACUCUGUGCAAGCUGUGCCCACGAACGGCCGUAUCUUCACAGAAGCACAACAUCUUCUUCGUCUGAAAAAACCCAGAAUGCACCGGAUUCCUUCUGGUGGGCACCUGGGGCUACACACUCUCCGGGCUCAAUGCAGGAUCCUGUGGAUAUUCUGGCAGAUCCCCAUCAACCCCAGGGUACAGGGAUGGACCCACCGCCUAUACUCAAUUUCCAUUGGUGCUGCACCAAGCCUGACCUCUCUGGGGGAGGCGGGAUUAGCAUCGGACCUCGCAAUGGUGAGGUGGACCAGGUACGAGCCGUGCCUUUGCCUCGUGGCCAAGGUUGGGAGGACCUAGAGUACACCGUUAGUGAAUGGAGCAAAACAUUCCCCAAGUAUGCAUAUGGGGAUCCGAGCAAGCCGGACUACUCGCUUGAAACGGGUCAUCUGGCGAUGAUGAAGUGGCUGCUAGGACCACCCAACCGGGAAGUUUCACCGUGUCCGCGUAACUUGUGUCAAGGAUGUUACGAUUCACCACAGUGGAAGGUGCACUGCAAGAGCUGCUCCAAGCCUCUCUGCAUUGAGCAUGACCUCCGCGGGCUUCGCUUAAGGAUAUGCGGUUACCGGGACCUUGAGACGGAAAAGCAAACCAUUCAAAAUCGAUUCGCUGCAAAUCUUUCGGGGUCCCUCAUCUCUAGUCAAAUUCCCGAAUACGACCUACUAUUCAGAAGUCAACAGCUUCUUGACUCGACAAACAAAAGCUUCAUUGACGAUUCACGUCAAGAUAGCAUGGACGAGGAAAAUACACCCGAAUCACAUGUUGGUGAUCAGUCGGGUCCUGUUUCCUUCUUCCCCAACCAACCAUCUCGCUCAUUUUCGGCGCCUGCGUCCGACCAUUCUUCCCCUCCCUCAUCCUCAUCCUCCACCUUCUUUGAUUCGCCGACAUUCGAAUCCCCAAGAUGGCAAGGUUGCCAAUCCUUCUUCUGCCCGCCGGCCGACCCUAUCACCGGAAUCAGGGAUGUCAGAGGCGGUAUCAGGGAUCCACGUCCCAGGUGCCCCAGCUAUCUGCGAGAAUGCAAAGGGUGCAAGGUGUAUGUAUGCGCGGACUGCAUAUAUACCCACCCACCCUGCAAAUGCUCGUAUUGCGAGGAAAACUACUUGUGUCCCAAUUGCAUGAUGGACCGCCCUCGUGACAGCCUGUGCCGCCGUCGCCAUGAGGAAAGGGCGCAGCGUGACCGCAAAUGGAAAAAGGAAAUGCAGGUGCUCGAAGGCAUCCUGGAGCUCAAAGUGGCUAAUGAGCAGGCUGAAUUUGCAGGCGAGUUCUUUGACCUCGUCGAGCCGCGCAAUAGUCUGCCUUCGGGGACUACGGUCCCCUUUGAUGACGGGAUCGCCGACCUUUCCGAAGGUGACAUUGCAGCAGCGGAAACAUCCGCCUCGCACUUCGAGCCUGAUGACCUUGACUGGUUCCUCCAAGACUCUCAUUAG